CUUGGACAGAGGGGUGGUUGUGGACGUGAUAUACUUGGACAGAGGGGUGGCGGUGGACGUGGUAUACUUGGACAGACAGGGGGGUGGCGGUGGACAUGGUAUACUUGGGACAGAGGGGUGGCGGGUGGCGGUGGACGUGGUAUACUUGGACAGAGGGGUGGCUGUGGACGUGGUAUACUUGGACCUUGGACAGAGGGGUGGCGGUGGACGUGGUAUACUUGGACAGAGGCGUGGCUGUGGACAUGAUAUACUUUGACAGAGGCGUGGCUGUGGACGUGGUAUACUUGGACAGAGGGGCGGUAGUGGACGUGGUAUACUUGGACAGAGGGGCGGUGGUGGAUGUGGUAUACUUGGACAGAGGGGUGGCUGUGGACGUGGUAUACUUGGACAGAGGGGUGGACAGAGGGGUGGCUGUGGACAUAGUAUACUUGGCCAGAGGGGUGGCAGUGGAUGUGGUAUACAUGGACAGAGGGGUGGCGGUGGACAUGGUAUACAUGGACAGAGGAGUGUGGCGGUGGACAUGGUAUACUUGGACAGAGGGGUGGAUGUGGUAUUACUUGGCCAGAGGGGUGGGUGUGGUAUACUUGGCCAGUGGGGUGGGCGGUGGACGUGGUAUACUUGGCCAGAGGGGUGGCGGUGGACAUGGUGUACUUGGACAGAGGGGUGGCGGCGGACGCCGUAGAUUUUUACAGAGGGGUGGGCAGUGGACGUGGUAUACUUGGACAGAGGGGUGGUGGUGGACGUGGAAUACUUGGACAGAGGGGUGGCGGUGGACGUGGUUAUACUUGGACAGAGGGGUGGAGGUGGACGUGGUAUACUUGGACAGAGGGGUGGCGGUGGAUGUGGUAUACUUGGACACAGUUCCCCACACAUGGCUACUGUGUAAGAGUAGUGGGUAAUGAUUCAUACUCUGAAUGGUCGGGGGGUGUCAGUGGUGUAC